AAAAGGAAGAGAAAGAGAAGUUGGAGAAGGAAAUGAAGGACACUAUAGUUCUCUAUACAGUCCCUGCCAUGGGCCAUCUAGUCUCUUUGGUUGAGCUGGGCAAGCUUAUCCUCCGCCACUACAACCAACGUUUCUCCCUAACAGUCCUCAUUUCAGGCGACUCUUUUAAAAGCGCCGCCAUCAAUCCUUACAUCGAUCAUGUCUCUCACACAGACCCUUUAAUAACCUUCCAUCGUUUACCUGCUCUUCCCAACCCUCCUUCCCUUCCACCAUCACCAACUUUCCACCCGGUCGCAAUACUCCUCGAAUCAAUUCGCCUCAACAACCCAAACCUUCUCCAAACCCUCCAAACCAUCUCUGAAACCUCCUCUGUUGCUGCCCUUGUGAUUGAUUUCUUCUGUCACCCAGCCUCCCCUGUUGCCACCGAGCUGAACAUCCCUCUUUACUACUAUUUUCCCUCUGGCGCCUCUUCUGUUGCAAUGAUGCUUCACCUCCCAAACCUCCAUAACCAGACAAACAAGAGCUUCAGAGAGCUUGGCAACACUACUGUUCUCCAAAUCCCAGGAUUGCCCCCAAUUCGAGCUACAGAAAUGGGAUCAUCUGUUCUCGAUCGGACUAACCAGGUUUACGAUAAGAUGCUGGAUCUGGGUACGAAUCUCCUCAAAUCAAAGGGAAUUAUAACAAAUACCAUUGAGGCACUAGAGCCAAAAGCAAUCAAUGCGAUCAGAAAUCAAGCGCCGGCCAUUUUCUGUGUUGGACCAUUGCUUGCAGAACCCAAAGAUCAAUCUGGUGCCGCGGAUUGUUUGUCCUGGCUUGAUAAGCAACCGAGUCGGAGCGUAAUUUUCUUGUGUUUUGGCAGCCUAGGCGCGUUUUCGGUGAAACAGAUUGCAGAGAUCGCCGUUGGGCUUGAGAGGAGUGGACAAAGGUUCUUGUGGGUGGUGAAGAACCCUCCACCAAUCGGCGGUGGUAGAAUGCAGCUGUCUGCCAUGGAUUUCGAUCUUGAAGCUCUGAUGCCGGAGGGGUUUCUGGAGCGGACCAGCGACAGGGGUUUGGUGGUGAAAUCAUGGGCGCCGCAGGUGGAGGUAUUGAGCCGAGAAUCGGUGGGUGGAUUCGUGACUCAUUGCGGGUGGAACUCGGUUUUGGAAGCUGUAUGUGCUGGGAUGCCAAUGGUGGCAUGGCCGCUCUAUGCAGAGCAGCCUCUCAAUAAGAAAGUUUUGGUGGAAGAGAUGAGGGUGGCUUUGCCAAUGGAGGCGGCGGAAGAGGAUGGGUUUGUGAUUGCUGCCGAGGUUGAAAAGCGAGUCAGAAUGCUGAUUGACUCGGAGGAGGGGAGAGAGAUUAGCAAACGCUGUCGAGAAAUGAAGGAGAAGGCUUUGGCUGCGUGGGCCGAGGGUGGGUCCUCUCGGACUGCUUUUGCCGAGCUUGCCGAGUCAUGGAAUCGGGGAUGACAUUUCGGGAUGCUCAGAUCCUUGU